AGCGGACUGAUAGGAAAACAAGAGUACACUGUGGUCGCUGUGUUUAAAACGGUUCAUUGGUGACCGAAAAAAACGACUUUGUAUUCACAAAAAAAGGUAUAUUCUGAUGCAAACUCACUGAAACUGCACAUACAGGCCAAGGCUAAUUCAACAGUGCACUGCAUAGGCUACACAGUCGUGUGCAGUAGGCCGAGAAGUCUUGAAAUGGAGACCUGUCUCUUUAAGGUUUUGGCAGCUGUUUUCUACUCUGUCUGGAUGAUGUGGAAAUCCAAUCCCGGUGUGGUUUGUUUUUUUUCCUCGCAGGAGCAGCAUUGAAAGUUUGAGUGGAGCGGGUUUGAAUGAGACGGCUGAACAGCCCCAGAGCGAAAGCGAGCGAGAGAGGCAGAGAGAUACGUAUAUACUGGGAACCGUGUAAACAGAGCUCGUUAACCUGGGAAUUAGCUUCUCAAAACGGAGGGAGUCGUCAGCAUAAAUCCUGCAACAAGGGAAAAUAACAACAGCAGCAGCAACAAAACUAAGAAACGAAAAAAAAACAGGCAUUCUGUGAAGAGAAACUUGGAUAAUUAGCACGGCUGGCUAUCUUUCUCUAAUGUAGUAUUAUUUCUGACCUGUUCGUUUAUAAGCACCGCUUUCCUAGCUCAAGUCAUGUCCCUGGAGUUUAGGACCUGGCUUUUUGGGAUUGUUAUAAUUCUGGUCAUUUUUCUCAUUUUAGUGGAUAUUUCCAAAGUUGAGGAGGAGAUUGGGAUUCCUGAAGGCAGAGACUCUAGGGAAGGAGUGGUGAGCAGCUUACAAAGCAAAUCCAGCAGAGAUGCUGCGGCUGACAGAGAGUCCACUUCCAGGACUGGAGUGAGCGACAGUAACAGCAGCAUUGUGCCCGCUGCUCCAGAAUGGAGGUUCAACAAAGAUCUUUCAAUCAGCAUCAGAAAGAAUAUACUGAAGUUCCUGGACGCUGAAAGGGACAUCUCGGUGUUAAAGGGGAAUGUACAGCCCGGUGAUAUUAUCCAUUACGUAUUUGACAGAGAGCGCACCAUGAACAUCUCUGAGAACUUGUACCGGCUCCUCCCCAGCUCCCCCCCUCUGAAGAAGCAGCACUUCAAACGCUGCGCCAUCGUGGGGAACUCGGGGAUCCUGCUCAACAGCGGCUGUGGAGCAGAGAUCGACUUGCAUGAUUUUGUCAUCAGGUGCAAUCUGGCUCCGGUGGAGGAGUACUCCAGGGACGUGGGGCUCCGGACUGGGCUGGUGACGAUGAACCCCUCGGUGGUGCAGCGAGCCUUCGAGGACCUGGUCAGCGAGGCGUGGAGAGAGAAGCUCCUGCAGCGGCUGCGAGGGCUGAGCGGGAGUGUCCUCUGGAUCCCCGCCUUCAUGUCCAAGGGAGGGGAGGAUCGGGUGGAGUGUGUCAAUGACCUGAUCCUCAAACACCACCUCGACGUGCGGACUGCCUUCCCCUCCCUGAGGCUGCUGCACGCAGUGCGAGGGUACUGGCUGACAAACAAGGUUCUGAUAAAACGCCCGACGACCGGUCUGCUGAUGUACACGCUGGCCACUCGCUUCUGUGACGAGAUCCACCUGUACGGCUUCUGGCCGUUUCCCCAGGACCAGGACGGAAACCCCGUGAAGUACCACUACUACGACAGCCUGACUUACGAAUACACCUCCCAGUCCAGCCCCCAUACCAUGCCCCUGGAGUUCAAGACCCUGAGCAGCCUCUACCAGCAGGGGGCACUCAAACUCCACAUCGGGGAAUGCGAUGCAAGGCUGUGAAUAUAAGAACGAGAACGAAGGCAGACCUGCACUGGGAUCGGCGCGGAUUAAGGGCACAGCAUUGUGUGUGUGUACAGGAGGUUAAUCCGCUGUGUAGACGAAGUGAAGGGAGGUAUUGGUAGUUAGUGCACUGACUGUGUUUAUCUGCAUCGGUAGAAAUGAUAAAGUGGAUCUGCUGGUUAAAUUGGAAUUGCUGCGCUGCUGUUUAGAGUUAUACUGAUACCAGCUAUAGGUAUCCUUCAGGAAGGAGAGGGCUGCGGGUGAAGGAGCUGAUUUGGUUGGUUCCAGUCUGUUAGAUUUAUGGGGGGGGCAGGGAUAAAUUGAUCAUACAUAGCGUGUAAUAGGGGUCUGCCUCCUACACCCCCCAAUUUCCAGGUGUGUUCCUGAAAAUUCUGAUUUGAUUUUCACUUUAACCAGGAGAACAUUUGGCCUGUAUUUUAUUAAAAGACUUUUAAUAAUAUUACUUGAAUGAAGCUGCACCAUUGUGCCACCAGGUGGCACAUUUCACCAAAACGCAAACCUUGCAGAGGUCAGUGUGCUUGGUGUUCCGGAGUCCCUGACAGGUCACGGUGUCGAGGACCAACGUUGUCUGCUGUUUUUCAGUUUGUUAUUGUUCUCUUAUUUAAUUCUGUAUUAGCUCUAUGUUGGCAGUGGGUUCACUGUAGAUUAAAUACAGUAGAAUCAGCAGGCAAACAAGCUCACAGGAAUCGUCUGGACUGCAGUGUCAUCAGCACAGGGCAAACAAGCUCACAGGAAUCGUCUGGACUGCAGUGUAAUCAGCACAGGGCCAACAAGCACACAGGAAUCGCCUGGACUGCAGUGUAAUCAGCACAGGGCAAACAAGCACACAGGAAUCGUCUGGACUGCAGUGUAAUCAGCAGGCAAACAAGCACACAGGAAUCGCCUGGACUGCAGUGUAAUCAGCACAGGGCAAACAAGCACACAGGAAUCGCCUGGACUGCAGUGUAAUAAGCACAGGGCAAACAAGCACACAGGAAUUGUCUGGACUGCAAUGUAAUCAGCACAGGGCCAACAAGCUCACAGGAAUCGUCUGGACUGCAGUGUAAUAAGCACAGGGCAAACAAGCACACAGGAAUUGUCUGGACUGCAGUGUAAUCAGCACAGGGCCAACAAGCUCCCAGGAAUCGUCUGGACUGCAGUGUAAUAAGCACAGGGCAAACAAGCACACAGGAAUUGUCUGGACUGCAAUGUAAUCAGCACAGGGCAAACAAGCACACAGGAAUCGCCUGGACUGCAAUGGCUGAAGAGGUAAGCCAAACUGAUUGGCUUGAACCUGCAUAUCAUUAUUGUUAAGGUUGUUAUUAAAUUAAAAUGGUUAAUUCAUGGGGGGAAUAAACAUGUCCUUUUAA